AAGAGCGCGUGGUAUUUUCCGCCGCACGCUUUAGAUUUCGUCACUUGGAGCAACGCUUUGCUGCGUUUGGACUCCCUAACUAACUAGGUAAGCGGCUAGGACUAGCUGCCCAGCGAUUCGCAUCCAAUGUCUGCGGGCAAUGAAGGCGAGGAGGAGGCGGCAGCGGCGGCGACUGCUGCUGCGGCUGAACGCGAGGCGACGCUGAUGGCCGAGGCCGUGGCUGUGGCCUAUCAGAGCGAGGACGAGGCUCAAGAGAUGGCUGCCCAGGCGGAGGAGGAGGAGGAUGCAGGUGAGGCAGCGCCAGAUAACCAAGAGGGCGAAGAGGAAGCCAUGAGCGAGAGCGGCACCGGCGAUGGCGGCGAGAAUGCUGAAAAUGACAGCAACGACAGUAAUAGCGGCGAGGAUGGCGGCAAUCCAGAGGAAACCGCUGCCGCCGAUCGCCGUCAGGCCACCAAGAGGGAGCUAACAGCAAUCAUCGAAAAGUGGGAGCAGCAGCAAACCCAAAACGGCUACGAUCCCAUACCCACUUUGAGAAGCCUGGCCGAGAUCUUUGAGCGCGAGAAGGAUGUGUAUAGACGCAAGGACCCGGAUCCCCUGGACACGCGUCAUCCCUACCGAGCGGAUCCCAGCUGCCAGUAUGGACUGCUGCUGAAGCUGCUCUUCCGCAAAGAUGCGUUCAUGAGCAAGCUCCUCAGCGAUUACCUGCGGGAGAACUACUUCAGUCGCCAGGGCGUGAGCCGCAGUUCUCUGGAACUCAACAUCCUGGCCUGCCGCCUCAUCCUGGAGCUAAUGCCUGGCCUGGAGACCACAGUGGUCUUUCAGACCGCCGACGACGACGGGACCAUCAAUCGCAUCUACAGCUGGGCGGAGGACAGCAUUGAACCACUGCAGAGCUAUGCCACCGGCCUCCUGGCGGAUGCCAUGGAUGUGAGCGACAUAACCAUCAACUACAGGGAUCAGAACAUGCGCCUGGUGCCCAAGAUGAUCAAGCGCCUGCACAUGCUGCUGGCUAUCAGCAAGAGUGCCGCCUCCGAGGCCAGCAACACAUCGCUGCACAAUCAGUCGGCGGACAGCAGCACGGCGUCGGCGAACAUGCUCAGCUGGGUGGCCUGUGCCAGCAAUCAGUCCGCUCCCCAGUCGCCGCAGCACAAUGGCGGUGGCGCCGGAAUCCCAGCCGUUCAUGGCGAUGCCUCCAACAUGUCCAUCUUGUUCGAGAACAGCCGGGAUGCCUUUCCCGUGUCGAGGUACUACAAGCGCAUGUACAUACCCAUGCAUCCGCCGACGGCGGACACCAGCCAGAUGCUGAUCAUGCGAUACCUGACCAGCCUGGGCGAGUAUCAGGAGUACCUGGCCAUGGCCUUCGAGAACAACGUGAUGCAGCUGAUCUUUGGCUAUCUGGAGAACCUGGAUCGCCGCGACACCUGCCUGGCCUACGAGGUGCUCAAGUAUCUGGCCUCGCUGCUGUGUCACAAGAAGUUUGCCUUGGAGUUUAUUGCCCACGGUGGCCUGGAGCUUCUCUUGAAGGUUCCCCGGCCCAGUCUGGCCACCACGGGCGUGUCCAUAGCCAUUUACUAUCUGGCCUACUGCGAGGAUGCCAUGGAGCGCAUCUGUAGCAUGCAGCGUCCGCUGAUCUCGGAGCUGGUGCGCUAUGCCCUGUGGAUCCUGGGGCGCUGCCACGACUCCUCCAAGUGUCAUGCCACCAUGUUCUUCAGCCUGAGCUUCCAGUUCAAGGUCAUAUUGGAUGAGUUUGAUGCCCAGGAUGGCUUGCGAAAGCUCUACAAUGUGAUCUCCGUGCUGAAGAUCCUCGAUCCCAGCCACAAUGACAGCGACAACGACUCGGAGAUCAACGAGGACCAGGAGUGCGCCUCGCGGCAGAUGGUGCGCCAUGUGUGCGUGGCCCUCAAGCGGUACAUGGAGGCGCACUUCUUCUACAAGUACAACAGCUUCCUCUGCCAGCACUACGCCGCCUCCUCGUCGCAUUUCUUUAGCCAGAAUCCCACGGUGGCCGCCAAGCUGACCUUUGACCAGCUGCACGACCAGAUACGCACCCUCCAGGAGCACACCUCGAUCCGCGCCCAGUGGCAGCCGGUGGACCAGCUGAUGAAGCUGGGCGGCAUCACCAUGCUGCUGAGGAUCAUCGCCUUCAGCUACGACUGGAUGAACACAGGACGCUCGGAGACGGUGCGCUCGGCCCUGGAUGUGCUCAGCGUUUGCUGCAUCAUCCCGCGGGUGUACGUCGUCCUCUGCGAACGCCUCACGAUGCUGGACAAGACCACCACAUCAGGCUUCUGCUCGGUACUGGGCGCAGCCGCUGGGGAGAUAACCACGGACGCGGAGGUGCUCAAGUCGGCGCUGGCCGUGCUCUGCCACUGCGUCUGCUCGCCGAUUAUCCGCAAUCCGGACAGCAGCAGCGCCGGCGGUAGGAUGAUCAAGUUCGGGAACUCGUCGCGCAAGAACAAGGCCAACAACAAGUACGCCGAGGAGCUGAUCGAGCGCGUGUGGGAGUCGGUGUGCUCCAACAACGGCAUCGUGGUGCUACUCUCGCUGAUGCAGACCAAGGGACCCAUCACGGAUGCAGACUGCAUCCGCGGCAUGGCCUGCCGAGCCCUAGCGGGUCUCGCUCGCUCCGAUCGCGUCCGGCAGAUCGUAAGCAAGCUGCCGCUCUUUGCCAGCGGACAGCUCCAGACGCUGAUGCGGGACCCCAUACUACAGGAGAAGCGGGCGGAGCACGUGAUCUUCCAGAAGUACGCCCUGGAGCUGCUCGAGCGGGUGUCGGGCAAGACGAAGCCGCUGAACAACCCGUUGGAUCCGUCGCUCUCCAACAUGCACAAGGCGAACGUGAUUGCCCAGACGCGCAUCCAGUACAACAAGCAGCAGCUCUACCAGCUCAUCUUCGAGCACCUGGAGAGCAACGGCCUCUCGCAGACGGCCCAGAUGCUGCAGCGCGAGGUGGGUCUGCCGCUGCAGACGCCGACCACGCGCAACUUCCACCAGUCGCCGUUCGACUACAAGACCCUGCCCAGCGGCGGCAGCAGCUCGCUGUCCAGGAGCCGCCUGCGCAGCCGAAUGCAGGAUGUGAAUGCGGCGAUUAUGGCCAGCGGUGAGCCGAGCAGGAGCUUCAGCGAGGACUCCCUGCUGGCUGCAGUGGGAACGGUCGCGGGAGCUGGAGAAGCAGCCAGUGGCAGCAGCGGCAUACCGAACUUUGGAUGCUUGAAUGCCAGCAGCCAGACUCCGCCCAUCAAGAUCCGGCGAACGGAGCGCCACCCGUCGAUGAGCUCCUCGGUCAGCCGCUCGAACGUCAUCCAGAAGCACAUGAUGGAGCCGGGCGGCAUGGCCAUGGGCCUGCCCGACGACUUGGCCCAGCCGCAUCCCAACCGGGUGACCCUGAACACCAUCGUGACGGAAUAUCUCACCAACCAGCACUCGCUGUGCAACAAUCCGGUGAUCACCUGCCCCCAGUUUGACCUAUACGAGCCGCACAAGUGCCCCGAUCCGCGGCCCAGUCGCCUGCUGAGCUCCAACUACAACCUGACCAGCCGGCAUGCCCGCACCCAAGCGGGCUUCAAUACAAGCCGUUUUGAUCGCCGCUACGUCCACACCCACUUCUCGCCCUGGCGUACCCUUCGCUCGGCGGACUACGAGGACCUGGAGUUCACCUGCUGCGAUCUGGUGGGCAAGUACAUCAUCGUGGGCACCCAGCAGGGCGACGGCAGGGUCUUCAACCUGAACAACGGCGUGGAGCAGUUCUUUUCGAACUGCCACAACUUUAGUGUGGAUGCGAUCAAGGCGAAUCGUGCUGGGGAUCUGGUCAUCACCUCCAGCUUUUGGCGCAUCCCCACCAGCAUCCUGUGGUCCAUAGCCGACAAUGAGUUCAAGCUGAAGCUGCGCCUGCCCGACGUCACCUACUGCGAGUUUAGUCAGACAUCGCAGGAUCGCCUGUUGGGCACUCAAAAUGAGUGCGCCGUCUUGUAUGACAUAAAUACGGGCACCAGGAUGUCCACCUUUACUCCAACCAUCCCGAAUCUUUACACCAAAAACCGAGCGACUUUGUGUCGCACAGAUGAGCUGAUAUUGUCGGAUGGCGUUCUCUGGGAUGUGCGUUCGGGCAAGGAGAUCCACAAAUUCGACAAGUUCAAUCAGUGCAUAUCGGGCGUCUUCCAUCCCAACUGUCUGGAGAUCAUUGCCAACACGGAGGUCUGGGACCUGCGCACCUUCCACUUGCUGCAAACGGUGCCCGUGCUGGACCAACGCCAAUGCACCUUCUCGCCCAUGCACGUCAUCUAUGGUGCCAGCUUGGGCGCAGACAGGGAUCACGACUCGGAGACGACCACCUACGACACGAGUUUCAAUGUGCUGGACUCGUACGACUACUCCAGCAUAGCUACCAUUGAUGUGAAGCGCAAUAUAAAUGACCUGAGCGUCAGCGCCAACGGGGGCCUCAUCGCGGUCGUGGAGGACUACAGCGGCUACGAAUCGAAGCAGGAGACCUACGUGAAGAUCUAUGCGGUGGGCGUGAAGAAGGGCGAGCGGUCGGAAGAGGAAGAUGAUGAGGAGGUGCCCGAAUCUGAUGAGGACGGUUCGGAUACGGGCUCCGAGACAUUUACUUUAGGUCCUGACUUUAUGGGUUUCCCCAUGCUGCGGCGCAACCUCAACGGCAACGGCAACAACGAUGACGAGGACGAGGAUGAUGAUGAUGAUGACGAUGAUGGGGAUUUGGAUGACGGCGAGCUGCUAAGCAGUGAUGAGGACAUAGACGUGGACGUUGACGGAGAUGGGGACGAUGAUGCCGAAGACGAUGUGUUUGACUAUUUCCCCAAUGUCGACAGCAGCUCAGAUGAAUGAGAUUCGUUCUUCCUGUCCUCUCCACACCUCUCCUGUUGCUGUUGAAGGGAUCCACCCCACCAUCGACGCUCAGAGACAGCUCGUUGCCAAUCUAGGAUAAGACGGAUAAUAUCAAUAAGCUCUAGCUCAUAAGCCUGUUACCCCCUGUUAUUUUCCAAUUUUGUACAGAAAAAAAGAAGCAAAAGGGAACAUGAAGUAAUUAAAAUUGCAAAUACAACAAUUGUCCAACAAUUUCGAUGAGAAGUGUACAAACCCAAACUGAGAAUUGCAUAAAACUUUUGCUAUUUAAACAAAUAAAGUGUAAUCUUGUUGGAA